CGUCGUAUAUGACGAAAUAACGUCUUCUUCUGACACAUUCAAGAUGGCCGCCACCAUUGGAAGACUGCUCCGGACCUCUGUUGCAGCGGGAGGGCUGAAGCUCACAGCAACAUGUCAACAUGGAGUCUCUGGCGCUGCGAGAGUCCUCGCUGCUCCUGCACUUCAGAGAGCCUGUCUCUCUACAAGCACUUGCAGAUGGACCCCUGCUGUCACUCAGCCUGCUCCUGAUUUUAAGGCCACAGCUGUUUUCAACGGGGAGUUUAAGGAAAUGAGCCUCGCUGAUUUCAAGGGCAAAUACCUGGUCCUUUUAUUCUACCCACUGGAUUUCACCUUUGUGUGCCCAACAGAGAUCAUCUCAUUCAGUGACAAGGCCAACGAGUUUCAUGACGUCAACUGUGAGGUGCUGGGUGUAUCUGUGGACUCGCACUUCUCCCACCUGGCAUGGAUCAACACUCCACGCAAGGCUGGAGGUUUGGGAAACAUCCACAUCCCCCUGCUGUCAGAUCUCACUAAGCAGGUUUCUAGAGACUAUGGUGUUCUGCUGGAGGGUCCAGGCAUCGCCCUCAGGGGCCUUUUCAUCAUUGAUCCAGUUGGAGUGGUGAGACACAUGAGCGUGAAUGACCUGCCUGUGGGCCGCAGUGUGGAAGAAACCCUUCGUCUGGUGAAGGCGUUCCAGUUCGUGGAGACUCACGGUGAAGUGUGUCCGGCCAGCUGGACCCCCAAGUCUCCAACAAUCAAACCAACGCCGCAAGGAUCCAAGGAGUACUUUGAAAAAGUCAACUGACAAAAAGUUUGUUUUCAGCUAAACCAGAAGUUGGUAGAUACAUGAAAUUCUUUAAAUGUACUCUGUAAGUUGUAUUUAAUCACACUCGGCUGAAUACUCAAAUAAAUCCAUUCUUUAUAAAGGA